GAGGAUGAAGAAGGGAAAAUGGUCCAAGGAGGAGGAUAACUUGAUCAAAAACCACAUUGAGAUGUAUGGCAUUGGCCGUAGUUGGCAGGCAUUGUCUGAAACUUUAGGUUAGUAUUUUGAACUGUUCAUACUGGUGUCAAGUUUAUCUCUCUAUCCUCAUUUGUACCUUGAUUUAAAAAGAAACGGAAACUGGCCAGUAAAAUGCAAUGCAAUGUAUGGCUUUUGCAAAUGAUCUUAAGAAGUUAAGAUCAUUAGGACAAUAUAGUUGUAGUCACGUAAUUUACUGUUAUUUUCGAGCAUGUCUUUUUAUCGAAGGCAUGUGCAGUAGAGAUUUGUCCAACUAAAAUGGUUUCAUUAGUUUAUCUUAGUUUUCUAAUAUUCCCAGUAUUAAUUCCUUCAAACCCCUGGCAAAUACCUCUAAAAAAACCUGGCAAAUUGAUUGUGUAGUACUCCGUAGCAAUGUUUCUGUCAGGAGUUGAGACAGAUAUCCUACCGUGUUGUCCUUCGACAGUUUUCCAUAAGUACAGUACGCAAACAAUUUCCAUGCACAUAAAUUUCGUUCGCAUAAUCAUUGGCAUUUGGCAAUUGUAUGCAUAAGCUAAUCGUCACUCACCACUGGCUGAAACAUCGGUCCUGAGAAAUGUCCUGGAUUGCAGGGCUGCAGCGGUGCGGGCGAAGUUGCCGAUCCCGGUGGCUGAACUACCUCCGGCCGGGCCUGAAGCACGGCCACUUCACGCUUGCCGAGGAGACGAUCAUCUUGGAGAUGUACAGCAAGAGAGGAAGCUGCUGGUCCGUCAUCGCCACCCAGCUCCCAGGGAGAACCGACCUCGCCGUCAAGAACUACUGGAACAGCACGCUCGCCAAGAGGCUCCCCGGGGCGAGGACCACGGCACGCCGCAGGCGCAGCCGCCCUUCCUCGAGCACGACGUCAGACGCCAGGAAGCCGGACGAGAUCGCGCUGGUCGCCCACGACGAUGAGAGCGCGACCACAGGGUCGCCGUGCCACGCCACCGUCGUGGAAGCACGGCCACUUCUGGCUGCUGCCACCGUCAGCGCUGUGAAAGAGGAGGUCAGCGGGGCGGCGCGGGCCGAGAGGAAGCCGGCUGUGGCGCGUGAGAACGCGCCGCCGCGGCGUGGUGACCAGGCCGGUGCGAUGGACAUGGUCUGCGCCCCCGCGUCUCCGAUGCCUCUGGCGAUCAUGGAACCUGACCUGCCUUGGCUUGCCGGCUUCGACGAGAUCGACAGCUUCCUGCCCUGGUUCGAUGACUGGUGAUCAAGUGCCAAUUAAUGCACGGAGUAGCUGCUACAUUGUGUGUGUUAUGGUUGGGCAUCGGUGUCGGUUCAUGUCCAUGAGUGACAAUGUUACUCUGAAACUUGAAGACUUUUAUUUGCCCUUUAUUUUACAGUUGAUGUUAUAAUUCCUGGAUA